GAAGUAUGAGUAUGAGUAUGAGUGCCUGUGGGAGGCUCUGUGUGCAGUGACUGUGGAGAGAGAUUGUGCUCUGUGGGAGAGGACUCAGCUCCAAGGCAAGCUGGAGAACCUAGAGCAGGUGCUGAAGCAUAUGCGCGAGGCUGCUGAGCGGCGGCAGCAGUUAGAGCUGGAACAUGAACAGGCCCUGGCCGUCCUCAGUGCCAAGCAGCAGGAGAUCGACCUUCUGCAGAAGGCUCAGGUUGAGGCAAAGAAGGAACAUGAAGGCGCCGUCCAUUUGUUAGAGGCGAAGGUGAAGGAGCUGGAGGAGCGAUGUCGGAGUCAGAGCGAGCAGUUUAACAUGCUUUCGAAGGAGUUGGAGCGUUUCAGGGUGCAGGCCGGGAAGUUGGACCUGCUCGGCUCCGGACAGCUGACGGGAGGAGACUCGCCCGAUUCCCCCAGCAAAACACCUUCACUCUGCUCUCUGCUCAACGGCCUGGGAAAGGGCAGCGAAGGCUCCUUGAGCAAGUCUGUGAUCUCGGAGUUUAUCCGACCUCUGCAGAUGAGCACGGGAGAGAAGGCGGAGCUGCUGUCCGUCAAACCCAGCUUCCUGUCACGGAGCACACCCUCCAGCCCCCGGCGAACCUGCCUCUCUGAGGUCCGGCCCAUCUUCACUGCUGCUAUGGAGAGAGAGCUGAACCUGUCUCCUCGUGCCAAGCCCAGGUACACGGCGAAGGUGCGGUUGUGUGUCGCCCGCUAUAAUUAUAAUCCAUAUGACGGACCUAACGAGCAUCCUGAGGCUGAGCUCCCCCUGGUGGCCGGGAAGUACCUUUACGUUUACGGGACCAUGGACGAAGACGGCUUCUAUGAAGGGGAGCUGCUGGACGGCCAGCAGGGCCUCGUCCCUUCCAACUUCGUGGACUUUGUCCAUGAUGACGACUUCGGCUCGUCCUCGAAAGAACCGUCCUACCUCAACUUCACCUUCAACCACAGCAGCAGCCCGGCGUCGGUACCGAGCAGCGCGGUGAGCACGCUCAGUACGCUGCUCUCGGAGAAACUGGAGGCCCUGAGCUCCUGCACAGGCACGGGGACCAGCAGCAGCAGUGGUGUGAGCAGCAUGGGAAUGGGCACCGAGUUGGGCGUCAUGGGUCCUGGUUUGGUCAGUGAGCCCCUGGCGCCGUGCGGCACGAGCUCGGGGACUGCCUUGCUGGACAUGAGCGUGGAUGAAGUCGGAGAAGACGUAGUGCCUUACCCACGGCGCCUGUCGCUCAUCAAACAGCUUGUGAAGAGCGUGAUCUUGAGCUGGGAGUCUCCUCUAGUGCCGCCCAGCUGGGGAUCCGUCAGCGGCUACAACGUGGUGGUGGACCAGGAAGUGCGCGUCAGCGUGCCAUGUAGCGCUCGCACCAAGUUUCUAGUGGAGAAGCUGAACCUGGCGGCACGCGCCCACCGCAUUUCGGUGCAGAGCGUGACGGAGCGCGGCACCUCGGACCCACUGCGCUGCACGCUGAUGGUCGGGAAGGACGUCACGGUGGCGCCAAGCCAGCUACGCGUCGACAAGGUGACUCAGAACUCGGCCGAGCUUUCCUGGAUGCCCAGCGACAGCAACUACAGCCACACCAUCUUCCUCGACGGAGCCGAGUACGACGUGGUCAAACCAGGAGGGUACAAGUACCGCUUCUACAACCUCAAGCCAAUGACUGUGUACAAGGUGCGCGUGGUGGCAAGGCCACAUCAGAUACCCUGGCACUUACCGCUGGAGCAGAGAGAGAAGGUGGAGAUCAGCGUGGAGUUCUGCACUCACCCUGCUGGUCCUCCGUUCCCUCCGCAAGACGUCCAGGUGCAUUGUGGGACAUCGCCGGGAGUGUUGCAGGUGCGCUGGAAGCCUCCUCCUCUCACACCGAGCGGCACCUCGAACGGCGCCAACGUCAUGGGCUACGUGGUCUGCACCAAAGGUCAAAAGAUUGCAGAGGUGAUGUUCCCCACGGCGGAAUACGUGACAGUGGAGGUGAAUCGUAUCCAGUGUUUGGAAGCGCGUGAAGUUGUCGUACGCACCAUCUCAGCUCAAGGCGAGUCACAAGACUCCAACGCUGCCUCCAUCCCACACAACCUACUGCCACCUCCGCCCCAGUCCCGCCCUCACCCGCCCCCCUUUCCCGCAACUUACCCACAGAGCUUUCCCCACCCACAACCGCAACCGCCACCACCGCCCACACCACACACACAGCCACCACCGCCUCACCCUCAACCUCAACCUCAGAUGCACCCCCCACCCUCCGCUCAGCCGUUUCCCAAACCCAAACUCCUCCCAAGUGCCCGAGAUGCCCACGCCAAAGAGCCAGAUGCAGGCAGGAGGCAGUGCCAGCCCUGGGAGCCUCACCAACGAGCCCCAUCGCCCCUGCCACCCCCAACUGCCGGGGGUCAUGGCCUCGAGCCUCCAGCACCGCCUCCGCAUGUGACCCAGAGGAUCCUGCCCCAGCCUCAGGGAACGCCGAUCUCCAACACGGUGGCACGCGCCAUGGCGAGGCAGGCGGCUCAGAGACAGGGCGGCAACCACAAGCCGGAGAGAAGGAACAUCUUCAGUGAGAGGAACAAUACUCCUCACUCCGACGAGGAGGACGAUGUUUACGAUUCGCCCCACACCAGGCGGAGAGGAGCCUCGGUGGACGACUUUCUCAGGGGCUCUGAUAUGAGCAGACAUCACCCCCACUACUCCCACAGCGAGGAAUACUACACGGAAAGCAGCCGAGGUUCGGAUCUGUCCGACAUCAUGGAGGAGGACGAGGAGGAUCUGUACUGCGAGAUGCAGCUGGAGGAAGGCCGCCGGCGGAGCAUCAGCUCACACAACACACUCAAGAUUUUAGGCAGCUCAUCCUCCAUGGGACGCUCGGAUCGACUGGAGCAGUCCAGCCGUCGGACGGGUCAUGGAUGUCCUCCCGCUCAGAGAAGGCCCAUGCCAGUUCCUUCCAUUGGUGGUUACAGAGGACGGGACAGACGCUCGCCGGACUACUUUGACGGGUCAGAGCCGGACAACCUGGCGAGGAUUUUUGUAGCUCUGUUUGACUAUGACCCCCAGUCCAUGUCCCCAAACCCUGAUGCUGCAGUAGAGGAGCUUCCUUUUAAAGAAGGACAGAUCAUAAAGGUGUUCGGAGAGAAGGACACGGAUGGGUUCUACAGAGCGGAAGUCUGUGGCCGGAGAGGUCUCGUCCCCUGUAACAUGAUAUCCGAGAUCGAGACGGAGGACGGCGAGAUGAUGGACCAACUUCUUCAGCAGGGCUUCCUACCACUCAACACGCCGGUCGAGAAAAUCGAGCGGAACAGGAGGAGUGGACGGCACCCCAUGUCCACACACCGGAUGGUGGCUCUGUAUGACUACGACCCCAGGGAGAGCUCGCCAAACGUGGACGUAGAGGCCGAGCUGACCUUCUGUGCCGGAGAUGUGAUAACGGUUUUUGGGGAAAUCGAUGAAGACGGGUUUUAUUACGGUGAACUGAACGGGCACAGAGGUCUGGUGCCCUCCAACUUUCUGGAAGAAGUGCCUGAUGAUGUGGAGGUUUUCCUCACCGAGCCACAGGAUCACCCAGGCAGGACCAAGAGCAAAAGGGUACACCCCGUUUCACAGCACUAGCCCUCUCUCUCAUCCAUCCACUGUUCCCUUCUCUCUCUCUCUCUCUUUCUCUCGGUGUCUCUUAUUUACCUCUCCUUUCUCUUCGCUUGGUUCUUUUUCCUCCUCUCUGUCCGUGGUCAGUGUUGUGUGGCGGCUGUUUAUUAAGUUUUUUUUUUGUCUUUUAUUUAUUUGUUGGAUCGUCAAAGAAACGAACAAGACUACGGAGAUGUACCACGUUUCUAUUCAUGUUCAAAGCUGUAAUGAAAGACUCACGAGGAGGGAUUAUGUGUUUGUUAUUUCCGAAAGAUUUUACAGUAUUCAUAAAGCAUUGUUUAAGAAAAAUGUGAAUUUUGAUUAAAGGGGAAAGGGGCGAGGGAAAAGCGCCGCAGACUCUCCAUGACAUUUAUUUCAGGAUUGUAAAAGAGAUGCUUUAUGAAUAUGAGUGUGUUUUGAUCUGAACAUUAGCUUUCUAAUAGAGGCAAUAGUUUUGAUGUACAGAGAGAAGAAACCAUGUAGAACUGCAUGCCCCCCCUUUUUUUUCUUCCAAAAAAUGCUUGACUUCCUUCAUGAAUCUUUUUUUUUUUUUUUUAUAUUAUGCAAAAGAUUGAGAUUCCAGUAAAAAACAAACAAAAAAUAUAUAUAUAAUAAUAAUAACAAUACACUUUUGUAUAUGUUUCCAAAGUAACUUGUCUUUUGUAUAUUGCUGAUAUUUAAGACUUCUGGGCUUGAACAAAUUGUAAGUAGACAAAGAAACUAUACUUUGGGGGAGUGAUUUUAUCUAUAGAUUUACGACUAAUGUGUCCUGGUUUAUGGUGUGGGGGGUGUGGGGGGGGGUUGUAAUGAUGAAAUGAUCACUGUUGUUCUAAGAGAUUUUUUUCUUGUACUUUCUUUUUUUUUCUUGACUAGCCUUCUCUCAUGAUCAUUGUGCACACUGUUGAGAUGCGUUGCGUCAUGCCAGUGUUGUUGUUUUGUUUUGUUUCUUUAUUUUUCUUUCUCCUCCACCCGCUUGGCAAACCAGAAGAAGAGCGUUCAUUUCACUCCGUAACGGCUCAGUGCGCCUCACGUAAGUGAGCGACUGACGAUACCGAGACUUACUCUGUCCCCGUCUAAUGCAGGAGACAUGGGUGGCCUUUAAUGUUAACCCUCUGACCAAAGAGGUGUACACACACACACACACACACACUAACCCAACACAUGCAAUGUAGACACAUGUUACGUACACACAGCUCGAAAGACACACAUCGUUAUGCAAAAGUUAUAAAGUUGUUACUCAGGCAUCGAUACGUCACAUGAUCACAGUAACAAAAUAUAACUUUAUGAUAUUAAUGUUAAUGGAUUAGUGAGAAUUCUACACAAUUUUCCUCUUAAACUAAAUGUAGUCUAUCAGCCAAGGUGUUAGUUUUUGUCCUUUUACAAGGUAGUGAUGCGGAUCUCUCACUACUACAAGGUAGUGAUGUCGACUUUUCUAAAUAUUUAGUGCUGUGUACUGUGUUAAACUAUUGAAGGAUGCAUCAGGUCUUAAGGUUGAGCUCACAGUAGCGUUUACAGCAGCAACUGAGAUGUUUUAACGCCAGCGGUCAACUCCGCCAUCCAAAAACGAGUCAGGAUCAGCGUCCGUGAGCCGGAACCUUCCGCUAAUCUGAUUGGGAUUAGACAGAAAGUUAAAAGCAAGUGUCUUUCACACAGCAUAAUGGUUUUAUUUCAACUAUACACAGAUCAGGCAUAACAUUAUGACCGCUGAGAGGUGACGUGAAUAAGACUGAUGAUCUCCUCAUCAUGGCACCUGUUAGUGGGUGGGAUAUAUUAGGCAGCAAGUCAACAUUUUGUCCUCAGAGUUGAUGUUAGAAGCAGGAAAAAUGGACAAGCGUAAGGAUUUGAGUGAGUUUGAUGAAGGGCUAAAUUGUGAUGGCGGCUAGAAGACUGGAUCAGAGCAUCUCCAAAACUGCAGCUCUUGUGGGGUGUUCCCAGUCUGCAGUGGUCAGUACCUAUCAAAAGUGGUCCAAGGAAGGAACAGUGGUGAACCGGCGACAGGGUCAUGAGUGGCCAAGGGUCAUUGAUGAGCUACUGUUGCUCAAAUUGCUUAAGAAGUUAAUGCUGGUUCUGAUAGAAGGGUGUCAGAAUACACAGUGCAUGUUGGGUCAGGGCUGUUUUGGCAGCAAAAGGGGAACCAACACAAUAUUUGGCAGGUGGUCAUAACGUUAUGCCUGAUCAGUGUAUAUAUCUAUACAAUGUUUGUUUCUUUGUUUUUUCCAAGUCUGGAAAUCCAGUAUGGAUAAUUGUGAGGAAAAAUACAACACGAGGAAAGGAACCAGAAUGAAUUACUUCACAAUUAAUCAAUGUGUUGAAAGGUUUUCAGCAUGAGUCCUAGGACGAGCAACAGGCCUCCUGUUGCAAAUGUUCCAUGCCUUGGUUGACUGACUCCAUUCAGGAAGCGGAAAUUGUGUGAAUUUGCAGUAAGCCAGCAGUUCAAGGCUCUGUUCCAGUUUCGGAUCCCAUCACUGCCAGACGGUCACUUCACACAGAAACGACAUCCAUUGAAAUGCAUAAAACAUGUGCACACCUCCUCCACCUCCUCCACAGCUCAAGCGCUUUAUUUCCGGUUUCCACGUCAGUCAUUAUACACACUCUUACCGCUAAACACUUCACACACCUUGCUACCUCACAUUUGAUUAGACGAACAGAAAGCUUCAAGCUUCGAACGAAGGAGAAAACCCUCCCCCGAGCUCUGCAUUAGACGGGACGAGCUGGUAUCUUCAGUCGGUUCUCUGGGUGUUUGUACAUGACAGUGUCCGUCUCAUUGACUCCUGCUGUAAACUCAUGACUCAAGCUACAUGGGCGCUGUUGAACAGCAGAGGUCCGAGUUUGAGCUCCCUCCCCCCCCCCCCCCUCGCCUCGACCCCCCCCCCCCAUAGCGUGGACACCCCUGUAGAGACGAACCCUCCCUUCCUGUCGAGAAGCGGCCGUCCACCAGACAAAGACCGCUCAUCAAAAACCAGCAGAAUAAAAUCGGCUCUGGCGGAGAGUGAUGUCUGGGGUGCGGCUCUUCUCUAAGGAACGGCAAACAAACACCAAUAAAACAUCAUUUCUACCCCCUUCUUUAGAAUAGAUUUCCACCAUCAGUAUUAGUUUGUCACGUUUUUUUUGUUGUUUUCUUAAAUAUAUAUAUAUAUAUAUAGUUUGUUCUCUUCUCAUUUUAGUAGUUUGUUAGUCUUGACCUUUGUAAAUGAAGUGUGUGUUUAAAGCAGGUUUGAUUUGGCUUCAGGUCCCUUGGCGAAGUGCUGAAAGGUGAUAGAUUACGUCAGAGACUGGUAAAUUAUAAACUCGUCUUUUUCUCUUUAUCACCAUUAACUGAAUCAAAAAUACACAUUCCCCCCACCACCACCCCACCACCAUGCCCCCUGCAGGUGUCAUAACUGGUAACAACUGAUAGAGAAAGAGUUUCCUGGCCUUUAUUACAGCAGAACGAUCGACCUUCGCCAUUGAGUUUUGGUCUCUGUAUGUGUGUCGCGAACGACGACGGCUGUGUGCUAAUCAUCGAUAUACAUAUUAGACCAGUAGAUCAUUUUGCUGUUUAUGGGAAAAAAAACCUCAGAGACCUAUCUUACUGUAAUAACAAAGCUGUAACUUUUUCUCCUUCACAAGCCAACAUCUGUGACUUUUGAAACGAAACCGAGGCUACAUUUAAGUGACGUUGCUGUAAAACAUCCUUUUUAGCCAUGUCUAAUAUGUAUAUCUGUGAUUAAGACAGACAAGAAAACUGUGUAUAUAAUUAUUAUUAUUAUUAUUAUUGUUAUUAUUAUAGAAGCCAGAAAAUUCAACGCACCUUUUUAUGCAUCUCUCUCAAUCGUAGCAUUUGCAUCACAAACAUAUUUUUUUAAUGAAGAGGAGAGGAAAGGAAUACUUCUAUUUUUCCAUCCAUACAGACAGUGAAGCUGUAUACACAGUUUGUUAUGUGGAGGGACUUUCUCUCUGUGUACUGUACGGUGGCCCUGCUGGGACAGAAAGGACUUGGUUGGUUGGAUGUGCAGUGGGAGAGAAAAAUCAAAGAAAAACUAUGGCGUUUUUUUCUUUUUAUUAUUAUUCCUUCCUGAACUGUCCCUUACGGGUCUCCCAUUAGGUUCCUGUGGAAAAAGCGUGGGGUUCUCCGAGACGAAGUGCCACCUCCAAGGUGCACCCCCACGUCCACGACUCUGGCCCCGCCUCCCAGGGGCCAGGGAGUCCUGCCGCACGACGGCCCCGAGCCGAACCUAAGAAACAAGG